GAAGCGUUGGCGUCUGCCGAAAUAAACUUUCCCGGGUUAUGUAAAUGCACGAUCUCGGCAUGUGUUGCCUCCCGCCGGUAUAAAGGUCGGCUCUGCCCCCAACAGUCCAAGAGUUGCUCGCGAACUUCACGCCGGCAACCAUCGGGAGAGGAAUAACGAUCUAUAUGUGACGCUGCCUGCUUGGACUUCUCUUACCUGUUCAAUAUCCUUUACCUUUACCACCCGAGGCAUCUCACUUUCUCGUGACCAGGCCACCUUACCAUUCUCGUAUUACACAAACGAAACAGACGUCGUGCCGACCAGCAUGCGCGCCUUGCUAGUGAUCGCGAUCGUUGGUCUUGCCCAUGGUCAAGAAUACUUUCGAGAACCUGAAAAGGUAUUGAGCGAAUCUCGUGACCUUGGGGAUACACGAGGCCAUUACUCGUUUGCAUACGAGACCGAGGGUGGAAUUCUUCAGAAAGAAAGUGGUAGUAGGAAGUAUGCCGGUACACCGGAUGAAACUCAGCUGAUUCAGGGUUCCGUUCAGUACAAUGCUCCCGAUGGAACACCGAUUGCUAUGAGCUGGACCGCCGAUGAGUUUGGCACUCAAGUAUCGGGUACUCAUAUCCCAACUCCACCACCAAUUCCACCAGCGAUUCAACGAGCUCUCGAGUGGAUUGCCAAACAACCCUCGACCAGUGAGCAACCGGAUCUCCCUCAACCACACCAACAGCAACAGCCGAAGCAACAACCCUCUUACAGUCAAAAUGCUGUUAUCAAUAAUAACAUUAAUCGUCCUAACAGAGUGCUAUCGAAUAAACGGUUCUGAAAGUAGUAUUAUUUAAGCUAGCGUAGAGAUCCGUCGUCCGAUCGUGAAUUCGCGUAAUGUUAAAUAAAUUUUUAUGGUUUUUUUAUUUUUUAUACAAAAAGAAAAAAGUAUAUAAAUAUAAAUAUAUAUAUAUAUAUAUAUUAUAUAUAUCGAAAGAUAUAUAUAAGAGGAAGAUACAAAAGAAAAUGAAAUUUUAUACAAAAAUUUAAGGAGAAUGAUAGUCAUUUGUGAUCUCAUUAAAGGGUUUGAAAUCGAAAUCGAUGAAAAAUAAAGGACUUUUCUGUUUUUAUUCAAUCAAGUUGUAGUAUAAAUGAUCAACAGGAGGAAAUCGAUGCAACUUUAUAAAUGUCACAGAUUUUUUUUUAACCAUUAAAUUUGUGUUAAUUUUAAGAUAUAAAACGACGAAUUUUGAAAAUUUGUUAUAAUUUUAGGAGUAGAUAUAAAUACUCUCAUUUUGUAAUUCCUGAAUACAUUUUUAUUUAUAAUGUAUCUCGAAUGUGUAACGAUUAUGCUCGUUGAAUUUAUCUUUUUUGCUCGAAGCGAGUGUACAAUAUUAUGGAAAGUUUUAUUGUUAAUUCAAAAAGUUAUCGCGAUGGUGACUUUUUAAAUGAAUAUCAAAUGAUAUAACGGA